AUGUCGCCGAAAGAAAAGAGGUUAUUCUACGAAGUAUUAGAAAAUGUUAAGUUUCCAUAUGGCUAUGCAUCUAAUAUCUCGCGUUGCAUUCGCAAACGAAACUUGUCAGGACUCAAAACUCAUGAUUGUCAUGUUAUAUUGCAAGAACUUCUUCCUAUUGCCUUGAGGAGAUCGGCAGAUAAAAUGGUGACUUCUGUUUUAAUUGAAUUAUGCUCAUAUUUUCGAGUGCUUUGUAGCAAAGUGCUUAAAUUCAAAGAGUUAGAGUUACUGGUAGAAAAAAUUGCACAAACUAUGAGUAAUAUGAAGACCAUUUUCCUACCAUCAUUUUUUAUUGUCAUGGUACAUUUGGUUAUUCACUUGGCUUUAGAGGUUAAAAUUGCGGGACCGGUACAAUAUCGUUGGAUGUACCCAAUUGAGAGGUACUUGCGUAAAUUAAAAUCGUAUGUUCGCAAUCUUUCAUGUCCAGAAGGUUCGAUAGCUGAAGCAUAUAUUGCGAAUGAGUAUGAUACUAAACAUGAGAUUGAUAAAGAAGAUUGUCUUUUUCCUACUAUUGGAAAAUCAUAUGGCUUUGUAGAAGUAAUUAAGUUGGAUCAGAAAACAUGGGUGCAAGCACAUCAAUAUGUGCCUUUCAAUUGCGAAUCAGAUGUGGUCGACUAUUACAAAAAUGAGCAUAUUAGUGAAAUCAAACGAUUGCAUCGCAAACGCCGCCUUACCCAACAUCAGCUUAAUUGCUUGCAUUUUGAAAAUUUUCAUGAAUGGUUCAAGGAUCAAGUCAAUGAGUUGGAUCUCAUAUCUAAUAUCUCAAAUGAUAUUAAAACCCUUGCACAAGGUCCAUGUUACUUCGCAAGAAGAUUCAAGGCAUGCCAUAUGAAUAAUGGGUAUCGAUUUCGUACAAAUCAGUAUGAAGAGUUCAUGCAGACACAAAAUAGUGGGGUUCUGGUUGUCUUAAUGACAGAGAGCUAUGCAAGUACUACUGACAGUGCUCCAAAAUCAGGAAAUAUUACAUAUUAUGGCAGACUGAAUGAUAUUGUUGAGUUGAACUACUAUGAAAAAUUUAAAGUCAUCUUGUUUAAAUGUGAUUGGGUUGAUGUAACUCAAGGUCGAGGAGUUAUGAAAGACGACUUAGGUUUCACACUUGUGAACUUCUCACAUCUAAUACAUUCAGGUGACUGGAUAAGUGAUGAGCCAUUUGUUUUUGCUGGACAAGCUCAGCAAGUGAUAUUUGUUCAAGAUCCUGAAGAUCAUGAAUGGUUUGUCCCUAGGUCAAUUAAACCGCGAGACAUUUUUGAUAUGGGAGAAGAAAAUAGUAAAUGAUUUGACUCAUCAAUGCAGUGUGAUACAACUGAUUUAACUAUCUUAGAAAAAAACCGUGAUUUAGAAGAUGACAACAAUGGUUGGGUAAGUGGUGGAAUUGAUGGUAUAGAAAUCGGUACAGACUAAAAUUUCAAAUUCCUCCAAUUGAAGGUGAGUGCAUAUCAACUAUUUUGAAGCUACUAAAAUUUAUUUAUUUUUCUAGCCAAGUUUCUGUUACUUGUCUCAAGCUUACGCUAUUUAUUUUUGUGAUUGUUUUAAUGCGUUAUCUUAAAGUCGUUUUUGAUAAUAUUGUAGUGAGCCGUGGAAACCUCUCUUCUUUUCCACUAUCACAGAUAUACUGAAAAUCUCCCUCCUUUUUGCAUCUGUUAUAGGCCAUGUUUUUGGGAGGUAGAACAUUGGGAUUAUGUCAGUGGCAUACUCAUUCAAAUGGUGAGCUUGUUCAAGGAAUGACACACUGAUCCAGAAAGCUGUCACAUUUUGCAUUAGGGAACAAACACUGGCUUAAUUGCCUUAUUUUCUCCAUUAUUGAACACAUUUUUUCUAUUUUGAUAAUUCAUAGUUUCUUUUACCGCUACAAGAUAGGAAAUUGAAUGUAUUAAGAUUGUUUGUUCUUAUUUUAAGUGAAUGACAUUGUUUUCAGUUUG